GUAGUGGAAGAUAGGUACUAAAAAUAGAAAAAAAGGUGAUGACCGGCUGCUGUCCUGUCCACAAACACAGUAGAUGUGUUUCUCAAUCAGUCUCACCUGUAUCUGUGUAUCUUGUACUGUUCUGUUGAUAUUUUUCUUGGCUCCAGAUUAUUCAGUCCACGUGGACUUUUCUUCACACGUGGCUCUCUACACACCUACAGUUUUGCCACCUCAUCUUCAUCCCCCCUUCUCCUGCAUAGCUCAGUAGUUAACUCAACACAACACAUAAGUCUCAUAAGAGUUGUCUGCUUGUUAAUUUGGUAUGGAUAGCUUUUGUUUCAAGAGUUUUUGUUAAUAUGUGUUUUUCUAUUAUGAUUGCAGCUUAUGAUUGAUGUAUUGAGAUCCUAGGCAAGUUGUUAUAAGCAUCAGGUUCAUUCAUCUGCUAAUUUUACUUUAACAUAAUUGUUGGAUUAUGAUUUCUGAUUCUAUCGUUUAGUGUUUACUGCAUAUUGUUGUAGGGGUUAGAGGGAUUUUUUAACCUUAUAUAGUUACGCUGUGUUCCCGAGUUCAAGAAAAAAAAGAAAAUAGCGGAAAAUUGAUUCAUCGAUCUGUUAAGAGAGAACUGUUUGUUAGUUUUAUGAUGGCAAUUGAUGGGAAUGAAAAGCGGGAUAUUGGUUUAGAAGGAGCAAAUGGUCCCUUGCAAAAUGUGGCUGCUAUAAAUGAAGCUGGAAAUUUGGGGGAGGGGAUGAGUGAUUCGGGAGGUGAUGGGUUGAGGUUAAAACCAGAUAAGAAUGUGAAGCAUGAUUGUGAAGAGGCUUUGCAAUUGCAACAACAGAGAUCACAAGGCUCAAUGGUUCAUUGGCAGACGUUUCUUCAUGUUAGUUCCAUUAAGGUCUUGCUGGUGGAAAACGAUGAUUCUACUCGUCAUGUUGUUGCUGCAUUGCUUCGUAAUCUCAAUUAUGAAGUAAUUGUAGCAGCUAAUGGAUUGCAAGCUUGGAGGAUUUUAGAAGAUCUAUCCAAUCACAUUGAUGUUGUUUUAACUGAGGUAGUAAUGCCCUGUUUAUCUGGGGUAGCUCUUCUGUGCAAAAUCAUGAGUCAUAAGACUCGUAAGACUGUCCCUGUGAUUAUGAUGUCAUCUCAUGAUUCAAUGGGUUUGGUUUUUAAGUGCUUGUCAAAAGGUGCAGUUGAUUUUCUAGGUAAGCCUAUUCGAAAAAAUGAGCUAAAAAAUCUCUGGCAGCAUGUGUGGAGGAGGUGCUACAGUUCUAGUGGUAGCGGGUGUGAAAGUCGUACACAUACUCAAUUAUCGGUGAAAUCAAAAAGUGGCAUAAAGUAUGACAAAAACAACAGCAGCGAUGAAAAUCUGAACACUGGUUUAAAGAUUGGCGCAUCUAAUGAAGACAGUGACAGUCAGAGUUCUUGGACAAAAGAAGUUGAUAGCUCCCAAGCUGUGUCUUCAAAGGAUCAAAUAACGAAGCGUUCAGACAGUAGUGCCCAACUAUGCUCAAGAGCUGAACCUUCUACUAAGUUUCCUGCGACUGAACCUAAACAAUAUCAAGGAAUUGAUGAUGUUCACCAUGGAGAAGACUUGGUACUUGGCCAGCCUAAAACUCGCGAGCUUCAACUGAACAGUAAAGUGGAGGUUCCAUUCGAACUUUUAAAUACAAACAGGAUCAUUGAUUCAAAACUUGAUCUUGAUUCAAACAAGACGAGUAGAGCUAACAAUCAGGCAAACCACAGUCUGUUCAAUAAGGAUAAGACAAUCACUGCCAGAAUACCUUCUCCUCAUACGGCAAGUAAAGAUCAUGCUAAAUCUUCCGAGGUAAAUAUUAAGGCUUUUGAUGAUUCUAAAGUUAAAGCAGAGAUUGCACAUAACUUAAAGAGGCUCAGAGUUGCUAAAGAUAGUGGGCAAGCAAUUUCAACUGAACGCAAUGUUAUAAGAUGCUCGGACCUUUCCACCUUUUCGAGGUCUAAAUGGUACAACACAACCUCAACUGAUUGUAAGACGUCCAAUGUGAUCGAUGUAAGCGGUUCUCUUGAAGCGAUUAAAGAUAAAUCUGACAUCCGAACAUAUUCAAACAGAAAUACUUUGUGUCCAAGUUCAGAGGAGAUCAAGAAAAAAGUAGAUAUCGAUUUAAUCACUGACAAAUUAUCUAUCAAUCCAGCAGCAGUCUCGAAAGAUACAGUGGAUACAACAUCAAACAAGUUAAAAGCAACACCAGCAAUCAAUGAUUUGAACUUAACUUCUGUUUUUGCACCAACUGGACUGGACCUUAAUUGUCCCCCUCAGCAAGUCAUACUGGUUAAAACUGAUGACUUGGCGUCCCAGGCAUUACUGAGCCCCAUUAGAGGCUCACCAUCUGAGCCUACGGUCCAGCAUAUUCAUCAUCACCACCACCAUGUGCAUCAUUUCCACAGCCUUGACAGAGAACAGCCACUAUCUAACCUUGAGAAACUGCCAUCUAAGAAGCCUGAAGUAUCUCCACAAUCGAGGUCAUUGAAUGUUAUUGUCGGAUCUGUUGAAGGUAAUACUGGAAUUUGCAGCUUGAACAAGCGUGGUUCAGGCAGCAAGUACGGAAGUAAUGGUCAGAAUGGAAGCAGCACCGUUGUGCAUGCUGGAGGGACAAAUGCAGAAAGUGAAGCUUACAUAAAAGGAAAUAGCGAAAAUGGUGAUGCUAGUGGCAGUGCUAACAGGAACAGAAUAGAUUCCUUGACCAAAUUUCGGCACAAAAAGGAACGUCGAUUCGACAACAAGGCCCGAAGCCGGAACAAGAAGAGACCAGCAGAGUAAUAUCCAUGUCUCUAAGGACAAUGUGGAGUUCCCUUAUCGUAUAGCUAUGCAAGAAAGUUAUUCAGAGUAGCCAGGUAGACGUUCUUCGUGAUGCAACUUGGAGAAAUUGACAGUAGCCUGUGAUGCUUUUAAUAGACAGAGACUUAAAAACCUUACUAUACCUGAUUAUUUCCGAUACUUAAUUUGUGUUUGGGGGAUCAUGACAUUUGAAACAUUGCUUCUAUAUGUAAUCGCAAUUUCACUAUUGUGUAUGAGUAACACGUACUGUUGUAAAUUUACAAGAUA